GAGGGGUGGGGAAGCUUCCGUGGCUGGUCCUCGCCUGAGCCUGGGGACCUUCGGUGUUUCCUUGCUUGGAGCUUAGUAUCCAGGGUCUGGAAAAGUGGGGAUGCUUCUCUGCCCAGGCUAGGCUUAGCAGAACCGUGGAGGCACAGUGAGGUUUGGGGGAAAUGAGAGACUUUAGAUUGCUCUAAUGUGGUCUUCUGGACUGUGACUUCUCCUGGAGCUGGUGGCCUGGCCUGGCCUGACCAAUGAUAGGUCAGAACACUCUGAAACACGGGAAGGGAGAUUCUUUGCUGUGUUCCAAGCCACCACUGAGGGAGACAGAAGGGCUACACCCCAUCCUAGCUUGGCACAAGGGAGCUAGGAGAAUCCCCAUUAACUAUGGGGCUGGAGCAUCCCUCUGGAGAUCCAAGUGUUUUAAAGGAUCCCAUAUUGAUGGUGGGGCUGGCCAUGGGGAGGAGCGGGGCAUCUCCUUGCGUCCUCGCCUUCCUUCCUUCAUGUGAACGUGCCUGUUAGCCAGUGAGUCUGACUGAUGCAUGGGUCCCUGGCAUCCUGGCUCCCAUCCAUGUCGCUGGAGGUGGUGUCUGUGUGCUGGCUUUUCUGUGGUCUCUGCGUGUCCAGGCCUGUUUGGGGUUGCUCAGAAACUAUUUUGGCACCAGGUGUGUCCGCGGUAUGGGUGUGAGUAGACUGAGAAUUAGGUUAAUCCCAAGGUGUGUGUGUGUACAUGUGCUUCACAUCACCACGUAGGCAGGAGGGGCCUGCUGGGCUUUGAGUCACUAGGAUCUUCUGGUGAGAAGUAAGAGAAGUCACUGGGCUUAGCUGGGCCUUGGAGGCCUGUAUAGAGCUCUCGGUUACUAAGGCAACAAUGAGCCUGUUGCUAGGAGAUAGCUGGGGAAGGCCCAAGGCUGCCCAGGGCAGAGAGGAGAUGAACAGAAGAGUUUGAGAGAGUGGGGGAGGAUAUGGAAAGGGAUGGGAUACUCACAAACAACUUCUUCACUGGGGGAGUCACUUAUUAUUUAUCACUGGUCAUGAUUUACAAGAAGAAAAAUAAAGUUUCUCUUGGAACCACAAACUCGUAAAGGCUGCUGAGGGCUAGAUUGGGAGUACAGCAGAAGACCUGCUUUCUCUGUCCAUGUCCCACUAGAGGUUUCUUCUUCUGGCCCCAGUUCCUUGGGCCCCAGGUUUACCCCAGUCAGUCAGGGAUGGAGCAGUGGCACUGUUCUGGAAUGUUCUAGAGACUCCAACUGUUCUGGAACACUCUAGAACCUCCAGGCAAAGGACUGGAACCAGGAUCACAGAGCAUUCCAAGGCCUUCCCAGCCUGGGUGGGGCCAGCCCCCGCUCCAGAACCUGCAGCGGGCCUCAUGUGGAUGCUGGCACUAGGUGGGAUCUUCCUGGCAGCCGCCCAGGCCUGUGUCUUCUGCCGCUUCCCAGACCGUGACUUGUCGGGCCGCCUGGCUCAGCUUUGCAGCCAGAUGGAGGCCCAGUGGAAGGACUGUGAAGUCUCCUGGAACUUCUCGGCCUUUGCCUUAGAUGAUGCAUCCUUGAAAAAAGUCACAGAGAAGACUCACAGAGUCCUGAGGGUCAUGGAGAUCGAAGGGUCUCUCUCCUCACUCCUUUCAUAUUGGAAAUGGCUUCAAAAGACCAAGCUCCCAGAAUACAGCAGGGAAGCUCUCUGCGCUCCCGCCUGCCAGCUGGUCCUACUGUCUCCUGCAGGGGGCAGCACCAUCCUGUACAACUGCUCCACCUGCCAGGGCUUCGAGGUGUACUGCUGGCCCCGAAAGCGCUGCUUCCCAGGUCCUUACUCCCCACCCCUGCCUCACCCCGCCCAGAUCUCUGAGCUGUUAGGCUACCCCAGCAUCGAUGGGUGUGGUCCCCGGGAUCAUUCACUGCCUGCUGGGGUCCCAGCAGGAAGUCACGAUCUUUGGGAAGCCAGGAUUCUGCUGCUCUUUGUCUCCGGAGCCGCCCUCCUCCUGGGUAUUCUGAGCUUCGCGGUGGAGUGAGUUGGGGGAUAAGGGCCAGAAACAGCCUCACUACCUCUGACCCAUCAGUACCCUUCCCCACCCCCCAUCCUUCCUCUUUCCCUCCCAGCCCCCUCCCCUUCCCUUCCCUGGACUCCCACCCUCUGUCUUCCCUCAGGUACAGCCACCUCCAAGCAAAAAGUGACUUGUGAAGACGAGGACACAUCUUAGCCUCCAGUUCUAAGGAGCAUGUGCCCACAACUUCCACUUCUCUCGUGGGGCGGGGUGGGGGGGAGGGGGGCAACCAGACCCUUAGUUCCAGCCCCAACGGUUCAGUCUUCCAGACCCUGAUACCCAGACAUCCCCACAAUCCCAGCGUCAGAUGGCGUCCAGGGACCCAGGCACCCACAGCUGGAAAGUUCCUCCCCUCCAGUCCUCAACCAAUCAGACAGAGGCAGUCACCGUGCCAGGAAAAUAUCUACAGAAGGAAAGAAUCCCCUCCAUACACACUCCCACUCCCACACCCCCUUCUGCCUGUUCCCGGAAAGCGGGGGCUGUCUGCCCCAGAAGCUCCUCUUGGCCCUCCUGUGACUGAUUGGGAAUCCGGGAAUGAGUGUUCUGGAAAAGUCCCUCCCCCUAGAGUGAGACCACAUCACUCAGACUGCUGGCAUGCUACCCUUCCAUUUAAUACUGUGAAGGCUCCCACAGAGGCCCAACUAAACCUGUUGUCAAAUGGCCUUGACCUCUGCCUGGCCUCUGUCUGCGACUGGGGAGGGCAGAGGGAGCGCGGGAGCCUCUUGUAGCCCAGUGGUUCUCAGCCGGGGGGGUGGGUGGAUUUUGCACGCGAUGAGACGUUUGGCAAUAUAUCUGGAGACAUUUUUGAUUGUUUUGAUUGGGGGUUUUGAGGAUGUGCUACUGGCGUCUAGUAGGCAGAGA